GCUCGCUUCAGAGAAAGGCGAGCGAGCCGUGGGUGAGAACUGAAUGAGCAUGCGCAACGGCUUGACCUCCUCCUCCACGUCGUCUUCUAGUUACCACGGCGAUGCGCGGGAUCCUGGCGGCCACCGCACCUGCUUGCUGCCUGUCACCCCGAGCUCCCCGGUCCGAGUCCGGCCUCCUCGUUCCGCAGGGCCCCGCGGCGCGGCGCUGCCUCUGAAGAGCAGCGGCGGCCUCUUGGCCUCUCCCCGGUCCUCCAGGGCCUGCGCGCGGGGGCCCCUUCCCUCCCCCGGCCCACCCGCUGUCCUCAAUGUCUCCCCGGCGGGGAGGGGGCUGCCUUGGAGACGCGCUGAGCAGCCCCCCCCGGCGGCCCCUCCGCAGCAGCAGCAGCAGCGGCAGCAGUUACCGCCCCGGCAGCAGCAGCAGCGGCCCCCGCGGCGCCCCGCCCCCGGCCCCCGCGGCGGUGGCGGCGGCCUGGAGGAGCCGACCCCCAGCCGCUGAUCCCCGAGCCUCGCAGCCCCCGCCGCCCCGGAGCCGCGGAGAGAGCGGCGGGCGCCCCCCGGGGAAGAUGAAGGCGGAGGGGGCAGAUAAUUCCAUGAUCAACCUGUCGGUGCAGCAAGUCCUGAGUCUCUGGGCCCAUGGGACGGUGCUGAGGAACCUCACGGAGAUGUGGUACUGGAUUUUUCUGUGGGCUCUCUUCUCUUCUCUCUUUGUCCAUGGUGCUGCAGGAGUGUUGAUGUUUGUCAUGCUACAGAGACAUAGGCAGGGAAGAGUCAUCUCGGUCAUUGUGGUCAGCAUCGGAUUUUUGGCUUCUAUAACAGGAGCAAUGAUAACCAGUGCAGCAGUCGCUGGCAUUUAUAGAGUAGCAGGGAAAAACAUGGCUCCUUUGGAAGCGUUGGUAUUAGGGGUUGGACAAACUGUACUGACAUUAAUCAUCUCUUUUUCAAGGAUCCUUGCAACACUUUGAACUUUUUAAUUGUUAUAAGGAAAUGCACAUGCGGAUUCCCAUGAAGUAGUUCCAGUGGCAAGUGGAUAAGAAAUUGUUUAAGAAUGUGAACUUCCCGUCUAGAGGCCUUGAGCUGUGGGAAAAGACUGCCCUCUCGUGUCCAAAUUGUGGCACUACUUACUGCAUCGCACCUUAUGUGCCUCUGUCCCAGGCAAGGUGCAGCUGUUCCACUGGAUGUGAAGGAAGCUACAAGAAAACAGCACCUUGUUUAGCUGCCAAUCAGGGUAACAUGGGUGAUGAUCAUUAUUCUUAACAGUGUUGUGAUAAAGUACAGGGACAUUUCUGAAGAACUGAUAUGUGCCAAACUUGAAUUCUUUUUUUUUUUUUUUUUUUUUAACAUUAAUGAUGUGGAUGAUUUUCAAAUGUAGAAGUAGGAUUGCUGUGAACACAUUUCACAUGAAUUCAGGUAAAAUAGUAAGAUUAACUUCUCUAAUGCUAACUCCCAGUAAGAAUGCUGAAUACCCAUUCAGUGUGGGUACAUGUUACUUGAUUUUUAAUGUUGACCAUUACAGAAAUGUAGGGAUCUAGUGUAAUUGUGUAGGAAUAAUUGUGAUUUGCUUUACUUUAUGUGGAAAAAUAUUUCAUGGAAAGCUCUAAACCACUUUGAAGACUUAUAAAGUAGAUCUGUAUGAUAUGGUUUUCAUUAAGUGAAAUAAACUCUUUUACUGGUUUUCCCUCACAAAAAAAUAUAUAUAUAUAUAUAUACAUACAUGUAUCCUAUCCAUUUAUAUUCAGAAGUCGGAGACUGUUAGUCAGACAUGGAUUACAGUUUGUGUAUGCACAAAAAAAUAGAAUUUGAACUAUUUCUUAAAAUUUUGUAAAAAAAAUCUGAAAUGCAUGUUGCAUACUUUAACCCUUCUAAAGAAAGUAUUUGCUAUGUAUCUCAUAGGAAAGCUUUUCUUUCCUAAUAUGCAGUGGGAUUACACUAUUUGUUACAGUUAAAUCUUGAUUUUUGACAAUAUUUCAAAAGUUUUACUUUCAGAAGCAUAAACUGUAAAAUGUGGCCUAAAUUAGGCAGUGAGGAAGAAAAAAAGACCUCAUUGUAGAUGAGUAAAACUAUAGAUAUGUGUGUAUGUGUGGGGAGAAUCAUGUUUGGACUAUAUGAUAGCAUUAUAAUUCUGCUGAAUACAAUAUCUGAAAUAUAGUUCAUCAGUGCUACGAUUGGAAAUUGUAUGAUUUCUGUCUGCUUAAUCCAUUAUUGAAUUGAGCUUGUACUUUCAGUAUAAUUGUCAGGUGUUUUAAGAUUUGUUUUUUCAAGUUCAAGGAUUAAGGUGUUAUGCAUGUGAAACAUGCCUUUAGUAUAACACAAAGGGCUUUAGAAUUUGUUAUUGUUUAUAGAGGGUUAGAAAAUAAGGAAAAAUGGGAAGAUGACAGAAUCUAAAUCUGCCUCCUACUGAAAUAUUCUGUACCAUUUAUACUUUGUAGAUGAUUGAUAAUUUGUACUAAUGGGAAGAGAGGUAAAUUACAGAAGAUACAAAAAAAGUAGACAAUCUUCCAAAUUAUUUAUGCACUGCAGGCUAGCCAUAAUGUAGUUCAAAUUGGUGUUAAGCUUACUUACUUACAAACUUUAUAUAACACUGAAAAAAAUGUUCUUCAUUCUAUCCCUCUUCAAAGUCCAAGUCAUCAGAAAUCUGAACAGAAGGAAAAUUAAAAUAGAAAUUUAACACUUUAUGUGAACAUAAGAGCUGUUGGGGUCUUAACCCUGUAGUUUAGGAAUGUGUAGAAAUGGAACAUAUGAGUCUGACCUAUAAAUAGAAAUAUUUAAGCAUAAUAGUAAAUGUAAAUUUAUUUUAAUAGAUUAUUAGAGAUAUAAAAGAAUUUAUUGAUCAUCUAGACAAACCCCAGUUAUUACAGAUGAAAAAAUAGUGAUUUGUUCUUGGUUGUAAUUACCAUUAGUGAUAAAGCCAGAACUAACCCAGGUCUCUGGACUCCCAAUCCAGUGUCCUCUACUGCCUCCUCUUAUAUUCUCUUAAUUAUCGAGAUAUGUUCUUUUAGGCACACUAACCUAAAAUAAUUUUUCUAAGUCCAUAAGAAGGAUUUUUCUUCUAUUUAAUAUAGUAUAUAUUUUCUUUAUUUGUUAUUCUAAACAUUAAUGAAAAUUGGUCCCUGUUUUUGAUAGAUAUCACCAGUCACAUUUUGAAGGUUUUUUUUAUAAACAUAAUACUGAAAAUUAACUUCUUUUAAUGCAUUUUCAUUUUUAAUUUAAAGGUGAUCACAUUAAAAUAUGUUCAUUAAGGGCAUAUGCUCUAGAAUAUAAAAUUUAACCUAGUUGAAUUCAUGAAACAGACCAAAGAGGUUUUCAAAUUCCUGUUUUUAUUGUAGUAUAAAUAUAUAAUUGGAUAUGUUCAGUAAUAGUGUAUAGGAAUAUUGUGGUCAUCUCAUUAUCAAGAUGUUUUAGGUAUGCUUUUUCCCCCAUUUUGGUUAUGUUUAUUUUAUUAUAUCAUCAGUUGUGAUUUCUACUGUGAUUUUGUGAAGCUUAUGUUUUAAUUUUUUUUUGUUUUUUAAAGUAAAUGAUCAGUGUAAGUUUGUCAAUUAUUCUAAUAGUCAAUUUCUCUGUGAUGACAGUUUUUAGCUUAGUUUGUCUCCCAUAGAGAUUCUAAUGUGUUAUAUAAUAACAGUUAAAGCUGCUAUAAUUGAAACGUCAUUUAAAAAUUGUUUCUUAAACAAAGGAACAUGUUCUAGUGGAUUAUUUGACUAGUGAAUCAGUUGAGUUAAAUCUUUCACAGUUGCUUGAAUUUAGUUUGUAAUUUCAAAACAUUUCCUUGAUUAACAAUGGCAAGAUGUUUUCAUGAUAGAGCAAAAAUGUCAUUAAUUUGCUUGGUCACAUCUUCAUUAUCUUAUAGUUUAUACCUUUUUAAAAUGACUGUGUUUCCCUUUUCCCCACACCUCAGAAAUCCUUCAAUAUAAAUUGUACUUCUUGCACUUUUCACCCCCUGUUUUACAAAUGUUUGGGAAAUCUUGUUUACUAAUAAGAGGAUUUCCUAUCUAAGCAGUUGAUGAAUACUGAGUAUUAAAUCAGUCUUUUUUCUGGCCCAUAGAACUCAUUAUAUAAACUGCAAAUUGUUUGGUUUAUUAUUGUCCAUUAGGAUGGAUGACCAAAUUAACUUUGAAUAGUUUUAAAUAACUGCUUAUGAAGUUUUUUUUUUAAUUUCCAAUGAUAAAAGGCCAAAAGGGUUUUGUAAUAUUCUUUUUGUAUUCUUUAUGGCAGAUACAAUUUUAAUUCAUUAUUUUUUCUUUAUUCCAGUAACGUAUUCUUCUUAUGUCUAGAACAUAUAAAGAAAGGGAUAGGUUAUUCUAUUUUAAAGUCAAAAUCUACUUUUUCCGAGUUUUCUUCAUGAUUUAAAGUGAGGAUUAAGGAAGUUAAAUAGAGUUGUGAGGAUAAAAUGAGAUGAUUUAUAUAAAGCACUUUUUUACCAAAAAAAAAGGUACAUAACUAAUAGUCAUAAUUGUUACUUUAAAAUUUGAAAAGAAAAGAAAUAAGAUGACUUAUUAACCACUACAUUCUUUUUUAAAAGAAUAAAUCAAGUGAAAAUAUAACAAGCUAGUUCCGAGUUCAAAAAAGAUAUGGAUGCCAACUUGGAAUCCCACUUCUUUUUGUGUCCAAAUUAGAAUUUUUUCAGCUUAUUCAGUAUGAAAUAUAAUUCCAUAUUUUCAUUUUAAGUGAAUAAGCUAAUAAUUAAUGGUCAUUCAUAAUUUCUAAGAAAUACCAUUUGGGUUUGUUGCAACUAUUCCAGAUUUAUUCACUCACUUCUUUUUUUUCUUUUUGGCAUAUUCCUCCCACAAGCUUCUUGAGAAGAAUCUGUUUAUUUAUUGGCAUCUUUCCAUUGUAACUUUUAACACCCCUUUGAAGGACCCAUCAUUAUAAGCAAACACUUCGGUAGAACACCCUCUUCUUUUUUUUCCAGUAUAGACAAAUAGGGAAAUAAGGAUUUGGCUGGAGUGAAAAGAUGGCAGAACUAAUUAAUCCUCAGUCCUAUCAUCCCUCCAGGUUAUUUUAUCAUAUUAUCUCUGUUGCCCUCCUUCCUUCUCAUUGAAGGUACUGGGUUUUGUAAAAGCACCUUAGUAUAUACUGCCAAUUAUGAAAUCAUGAGCAGUGAAUUGGAAAGACAGUGGUUACCUUCCUUUACUGAAUUAAAGGUACUUCAGUCCCUAACUUUGACACUUGAAAGGAAAUAUUUUUUUUUGUACAUACAAUGUAAAUUAAAAAAAAAAAAGUCCUAAAAAUAAACACAAUUUUGCAAAUUUCUUUUACUUUGCUUUUUUGACAAAUUUUAUUUAAAGCAGUAUUUUGCCCUAAGCACAAAGAAAUGAUGAAAAAAUGUUGAGAGAACUAUAUCACAAAUAACUGUAAUAUUUAAUUACUAUUUAACUGUGGGUGAAUAAAUCCAUGUUUUACUGUAAGGGAGUAAGAAUUUUAGACUGAAUGAAAAUUAAUGACAGUAGCAGUGAAUCAGACCUCAAGCUUGUUCACAGAAUUUCUGUCCCCCCCCCCAAAUUCGUAACUCCCUCAAAAUUUUAGAGCGAAAUUGGAAAGAAAUUAUGUGAGUAAAUAAACUACUAUGAAGAUUUUAAAAUAUUUUGUACUAUUUUACAGUAAAACAAAUCAUGUUAUUGUUUUUCAUUAUGUUACACACAUGCUCCUAAUAUAUUGUAUAUCAGCAGUUAAAUUUUAUUCAGCCUUUUUAGUAAGUCAGUACUAAAGAUUUGGACUGAGGUUAUAGUCUUAUAAAAUUUAAUCAAAAUAUGAUCUAGGAGAGAUCAUAGAUUAUCUAGUCCUACCUUCUAAGGAUCUCAAAUGUUACAUUUCUCUUUGAUGAUCUCUAUUUGUAGAGAAUACGAUAUUUUUAUUAUUGUCAAGAUUGAAUAGUGAGACUGAUUAAAUUACUUGAUCUAUUAUCAACUUGCUAUUGGGGAAUGAUAUUUAGUUUGUCUUAUGUUUCCACUAUACCUUAGAUAUACCAACAAAUUUUAUAUUAACUUAGUGGAAACACUAAAGUCGAUUUAAUGACUAUAAUUUUCUUUUGCUUUGAAAUUAAGGAAGUCAUUUUACCAUUUAUAUAAGUUUACACAGGUUCAACUUUUGUAUCCUUUGAGGAUAUUAUGAGAGUCAAUUUUGUUACUAUUUUAAAGUCCUUUACCUGGAAAUUUUGUUUUAAUUUAAUUAUAUAUAAUUCAGUGUACCAUGUAUUUGCACCCUGAUUAAGAAGAAUAUAUUCUAAAUAGUCUUAUGGCUAUGUAUUUAUUGUUUUUAGGGCAAAACAAAUAUUGUGGGGAAGUCAGUUUUGUGAACCAUUUAUAUAUAUGUAUGUAUACAUAUAUAUAUAUAUAUAUAUAUAUAUAUAUAUAUAUAUAUAUAUAUAUAAACCUUUUACAUAUUAACCCAGUACAUUCUUGAUGUCAAAAUGACUGCAUCCUUUUCAGGAAAUAUGUACAUAAGUAAAAUAAAAAAUAUGAUGCUUAAGAUCAAGCUAUUGCUUGUAAUUUACAAUUAUCCAGAUUCCUUAAUUGUUCAGCCCUUUAUUUCAUUAUUUUACGUUUUAAUUUCCUAAUUAUUAUUCUAUAUUGGUCAUUUCUUUCUAAUCAAAUUAUGGCUUGACUUCAGUCAUUGGACCUACAACAAUGUUAGCUUGAAAACACUACCGUUAAAUAGUAGCAUUUUCAUUUUGUGUGUAAAUGAAAUUGUUUGUAGUCAUUGUCAUGUGUCUUUGGAAUGAAAUAUUUUCGAAAUAUCUUUGUAAAAAUCAAAAUAUAUCGACUUCCCUGAAUUAAAAAAAAGAUUUUCCUUUUAAGUUGUAAGUUUUUUGAAUGAUGCUUUUACUUAUCUUUGAUAAAAGUGCUAUUUUAAGAAAGUAAUUGUUGGAAAAAAAUUUUUAGAACUGGAUUUUUUGUAUUUCAUGGAUUUACCAUGUAGAAUUAAAAAUAACUCUCUCCAUUAUUAAUCGCUGUGUAAACAUGCAUGUAGUCAUCAUUUAACAUUAUUUAAGUGUUUGGAUUUGUAUACAUAUUCAUUUAGUAACUUGGUUGAAUUCAGAUUAUUGUAACAGUAAAUCUAGUUUCAGAUUUAAUCAUUCUAGAAAAAAAAAUUAAACCUUAAAUAAUUUCAGUAAAAAUCAGUAUAUUUAAAUUGCAACAGUGUAGAGUAUUGAUAGGAUCAGUAAAAGGCUCACUUUAAAAUUGUGUUAAUUCUGAGGUCACUUAAGAAUCAUUUAGCAAAUUAUUGUUCUGUUUUCAGUGCUAAAUGGUGUCUUAAUGCCUUCUAAGAGUUAAGACAUAUUUGCAAAGUGAAUUUACUGGAUUCAGGACCAAAAAGGGAUAAUAGGACUUGCUUGAGUUACUUGUGCUUUAAGAUAGGAUGAUGAGGUGUGAUAUCAAGAAAUUAAAUCAAAUUUGUAGAGAAUAAAAUCCUUGACAAUAUGAUUCUUAUACUACUACUAAUCUGAUUUGGAGGUUAUUAGUUAUCUCUGCCAUUGUCCAUUAUGUAAAGUAGUUGAGAAAUACUUUCUUUGAAUUUUUGUUUUUGUUUUUGUGUGUGUGUUUUUUGUUUAUUUGUUUGUUUUUUGGUCUUUGUGCUUUCCUUUACCAGGCUGAUGUGUAAUGGGGAAGAAUGUAGCCGAGAAAAUCAAAUGUAGAUUCUUAUUUUAUUCUUAUUGCCAAUGAGAGAAUUUAGCGUGGCAGUGUUAGUUUUAUAUUGAACUCCUGGGGCAGACAUUUUAUGUAACCUGUAGAAAUAAUUUUAUCAUCAGGGAUUUAUUUUGUUAUAAAGAUUUUUAAUGUACUGUGAAGCUUAAAAAUAGGGACAAUAAAAGCUAGGAAGUAAUUCAAUGCUGUAAAAAUAAAUACAUCUUUAGAAAUACCCUAUAUUAUGUGAAAAUGGUUUUCCCCUACAGUUAAGAAUAUAACCUACACUAUGAGUGUAUGUAUACUGCAUGUUUACAUAUACAGUUUAAAUUAAUUUGAACGAUGGCAAAAAUUUAUGUUUAUAAUACAUAACUGAAGUUGUAAAUAUUGUAUACUAUUGAUUUUUAAUUUUAUAAAAACAAUUUUUUAAUUUCCCUAUUCAUGUAUAAACCUCAUUAUGUAUAUAGUGUAAUUUCUUGGACAAUAAAAGUUUUGCAGUGAAUUUUAUGUAUUUUAAUUUCAGUAAACAUGUUAGUAUGGUCUUAGAUGUUCAUUUUAAGUUCCUUGCACUCCCAUUUUCUUCAAAGGGCAGCAAUAAACAUAUGCAAAUUAUUUUGGUUAUAGAAAGUUGGUCUGCAAAGACAGGUUACAGGUUCCUCUUUAUUGCUUUAAAGCAAAGAUGCACAAUUUGUAUCACCCAGUGUCUGAACAUAAGACUGUUUCUGGGAUCCAUAUAUGGUACUUGUCAUUUGUAUAUACAGGGUUAAUUCUUUAAUAACAUGGACAAACAACUGUUAUAAAUGAAUCCAGCAGUUAAAUGUCAUUACAGAUUUAUGGAUUAAAACUUUGUAAUAUACAGUAUUUUAAUAAAUUUUGGGUAUUCAAUUUCAUGCACUUAUAAAUAAACCUGUCUUUAAAAGCCUUA